UUGGUGAACAUGGGAUCUCUUCUUUGUUUGCAGAGUGAUAAGUCGGGACGGUCAAACUGACCAGGGUUGCAUUAAACAAACUUCAGCCAUGCACCUCAGAGGUAGCCAACUUGACCGUCCUUUGCUGCUGGGUAUGUUGUGUGAGGAAAGCAGGUUCUAGCAGCCGUCGAUGCUGUGUUGAGAACUUGACUCGGGGUUUCCAGAAGUUGUCUGCAAUGUGUCGAAGAAUCCCGGUUUUGGUGUCCUGGAAAUCCAAAGCGGUGCUUCUGUUUUUACUUCUGAUCAGUCUGCUACUGCACGUCCUGAUCGCGCUGCUGCCUGUCCAGGAGUUAAAUGUACAAAUAUGUAGCCCUGGCAUACAGGGGGGUCACUCUCUCUCCCACCGGCUGCCGCUGAAGGGCAGUGACCUGCGGGGCUUUGCCGGCACCGGGACCCUGAGCCGCACAUCUCAGUCCCCGGGAAAGGCGAGGGCUUCGAUGUCGGCCCCUGCUCUCGACGGCACUUGGCAGCGGGGUCCCACCGGGCAGAAUGCAUCGAAACUGGCAGCCUUGUUUCAGCACCCGCUCUACAACAUCCCCAGACCUCCGCUGUCACCCGAUGACCAGCUCUUCUCAGUGAAUUCGGCGGAAAGGUUCACGGCAAAGAGCAGCGACAGUGACGGCUGGUGGGUUAGCCAGGAGCAGGAGUAUGUUCUGCCAGAUGGCGAAUCUCCUUCUGAUACGUAUCCCAACUGGCUGAAGUUCUUCAUCGGAAUUAACCGACGUGAGCUCUAUGCACAGAACAGCAGUGUCGUUGCCUCCUUACUGCAGGAGCUCGCAACCCUGAGGAUUGUCCGUGUCAUUCAGAAACUUGGUGGGACUCAGCUGAAGUUGACGAUGACAUUACAGAACUAUGGCAAAGCCUUGUUUAAACCUUUGAAGUUCGUUGAUGAUGCAAAGCGAGGCGGAUUGCUUGAUGGAAGGAGGAUGUACUACUGUUUCAGUGGCUUUACUUACAAGCUGAACAAAGGGUCAGAACUUGUCAGACGGAGUGGAAUGUGGGCAGUGAUCCAAGAAGCUUUUCGUCAAUUAAUGAGCCUUCUUCCUUACAGACAGACCCGGGACGAGGAAACAUCCCCAGAUCUUUUCUACUUCUCCGAUUUUGAGAGGCACAAUGCAGAGAUCGCUGCCUUUCAUUUGGACCGAAUUUUAGGUUUCCGCCGCAUUCCACCCGUCUCGGGUCGUCACGUCAACGUGGUGGAGGAUAUCAAAGAGCUGACGACUGAUGAUCGCCUGGAGCGGACUUUCUUUAUCUCGCCAGACAACAAUGUGUGUUUCUACGGUAGCUGCUCUUAUUACUGCAACAUGGAACACCCACUGUGCGGAAAGCCAAAGCUGAUGGAGGGCUCCAUGGCCGCCUAUCUGCCUGACGUUACACUGGCCAAGCGUCUGUCCUGGAGGAACCCUUGGAAACGUUCGUACCACAAGUCCAAGAGGGCCAAGUGGGAAAUGAACGCCAGAUACUGUGAUAAGAUUAAAAAAACCCCGCCCUACAACGCCGGAACCCGGCUGAUCGAUCUUAUGGACAUGGUCAUCCUGGACUUCCUGAUGGGUAACAUGGAUCGACACCACUAUGAAACAUUCCAGAAGUUUGGUAAUGACAGCUUCCUCCUUCACUUAGACAAUGGCCGAGGGUUCGGAAGGCACUCUUACGAUGAGCUGUCAAUCCUGGCCCCCCUUCAGCAAUGCUGCCGGAUACGGAGAAGCACGUUCCUCCGCCUCCAGCUUCUGGCCACGGAGCCCUACAGGCUGAGCGACGUCGUGAGGGAGUCGCUGUGGAGUGACCAGCUCGCCCCCAUCCUCAUCGAGCCUCACCUCUCCGCCCUCGACCGCCGGCUGCUCACCGUCCUGGAAACCACCCGACACUGCAUCAAGCAACAGGGCCAGCUCAGCGUGGUGGUGAACGACAUGGGAGUCUGGUCAGCGUCUCAGCAGUGA